GAAGAGGAGAGGCCGCGCCGCGCGAGAGGAAUUCCGAGGGAGCGCCAAACCGAGCAGACGCCACCAUGACCGAAACCACCAAGACCCACGUUAUCUUGCUGGCCUGCGGCAGCUUCAACCCCAUCACCAAGGGCCACAUUCAGAUGUUUGAAAGAGCCCGAGAUUAUCUACACAAGACAGGAAGGUUCAUUGUCAUUGGCGGAAUAGUCUCACCGGUACAUGACUCAUAUGGAAAACAGGGUUUGGUUUCCAGCCGACAUCGCCUGGCAAUGUGUCAGUUGGCCGUUCAGUCUUCUGACUGGAUAAGGGUGGAUCCCUGGGAAUGUUAUCAGGAUACUUGGCAGACCACUUGCAGCGUGCUGGAACAUCACCGGGAUCUGAUGAAACGAGUUACUGGUUGUAUCCUGUCCAAUGUGAACACACCUUCUCUGACCCCAGUGAUUGGACAACCCCAGAAUGAGACCCCACAGCCUAUUUACCAGAACAGCAACCUCUCCAACAAGCCAACUGCAGCAAAACUUUUGGGGAAGGUGGGAGAAAGCCUUAGCAGGAUUUGCUGUGUUCGUCCCCCAAUGGAGCGUUUCACCUUUGUGGAUGAAAAUGCUAAUUUGGGGACUGUGAUGAGAUAUGAAGAGAUUGAGCUCCGAAUCUUGCUGCUGUGUGGAAGUGAUUUGCUGGAGUCAUUCUGUAUCCCAGGCCUUUGGAAUGAAGCUGAUAUGGAGGUGAUAGUGGGGGACUUUGGCAUUGUUGUUGUGCCACGAGAUGGUGCUGAUACCGAGAGAAUCAUGAACCACUCCUCUAUACUUCGCAAAUAUAAAAACAAUAUCCUGGUUGUGAAGGAUGAUGUGAAUCACCCCAUGGCUAUUGUCAGUUCCACUAAAAGCAGACUGGCCCUUCAGCAUGGCGAUGGGCAUGUGGUGGAUUACCUGUGUCAGCCCGUCAUUGAUUACAUCCUCAAGAGUCAGCUGUACCUGAAUGCCUCUGGUUAAAGUUCUGCUGGCAUUGUGGCAAAGCUGCCAUGUGGCACCACCUUCCUAUGAUUGUUCAUCACGGUUCUUUCUCACUCUUGUUUCUUUUUCAAUGCCUCUUGCGUGCAUCUGCCUAUUCUGCUCUGAUUUUCUCUAGCCCCGGAAAUUGUUGCCCACAGCUAACAGCCAAGUACAUAUGCCAUCAAGCAGCCCUUCUCUCCUUGCAGUUAGGAGGGAAAACAGUAAAGAGUAUCAGGUGCCAUUGCUUAAAGGGUGCGGAUUUGGGUUGCCCUUCCCAGCAUGCACUAGGGGAAACCACACUACCUACCUUCCCAGCAUGGUUUGGGAAGCAGGAUGAUGGCUAUUCUGUUUCCCUUCCUCUCUCCCUCUGUUGGCUAAAUAAAUCUUGGUGGGGCUUUUUAUUUUUACUGCUUCUCAUUUGCUUUCUCAACCCUCCCACCCCAAAAUUGGCUUUUUUAUAAUUGCCAUCCUUUACAGUGACAACGAGGUGGCAGGCGUAUUAAAAACAAAAAAACAAAACACCCACCAGAUAUUUCAGGACAUUGCUAGAAGAAUUUAGCAGUGAACUUAAACAACAAAAAAAAGAGAGCAGAAAAAUAGAACUGCCCAAAAAUAGAACUGCUCAACUGUAAUGCUUUUCUGCAGUGGAAACCUUUUUUAAUAGGUUGUCGGAGAAAAGGCGUAAAAAGCUCAGAAAGCAAACUUGCUUCAUAUUUAGCAUAUCCACCCCCCCACCCCCAUUGGAAAUAGAUAUCUCUUUCAGCAGGAGAAGAUGAAAUGGUUUUGUUUUUGUUGCUGUUGUACUCUCACAACUUUUUUUUAAAGGAAGCAUUCCUUGAAAGUGGGGAAAGCGCCACAGAGCACCUGUCUCUUGAAUGUUAGAUAGUGAUGUGGCCCUGAAUUGUCUGUCCCUGGCUUUUCAUGUUCUUCAGAAACCCAUUUGGAGUUUAGUGACUUGUCAUGGUGUACCACGGCUGGUGUUAUAGUUGUCAGCUACUUCAGUUCAUUAUUUUCUGCUGUCAAGGAAGUACACGUAUCUUUCUUGUAGGCAACAAUUGUACAUGGUCCUACAAUCUGGCAGCUCGUUUUCCAUGGCCCUUCUUUCCCUUGAUGGAAAGAAACUGCUGCUCAAGUUUACCCUGUAAAAUAGAUACUUCAUCCUCUACAAAAGGCACACUCUCUCUGAAACGCAACAAAAAAACCCCCUGCCUAAUAGCUGGAGUAGAUUAAAUGGUCCACCAAUGGGGCAGUUUAGUAGAGUGUGGCUAUUAUAAAUAUUGAGAGGAACUAGGAAUCAUUGGAGAAUAUCAGUGGUGGCAAAUGGCAGCUUCACAAGUAGGAAAACAGCUUGAGCUACAGCGAAAUACAAAUUACCCAACUGCUGUGAUAGACUGGUGUUUAUCUUUCUAUAGUGGAGAGUUAUAUGAGUUCUACUAAACCUAUUUAGAUCUUAGGAAGUAUCUUUGUUUUAGGUUACAAACGAUGUCAUUUUACAUAUAAAGUAGCCAAAGCUCAGGAAAGAAAUACUAAAGAUCCAGCAAAACUCCUCGUUACAAAGCCUGAUGGGGGCUAGUUAAAUGGGGCUUAUGAGAAAAUGUGACAAAUGUCUCCCAUUUCUCUGUGAUUCUCCAGCAGUCUGGUUGAGUUUCAGUGGAAAGUGUGACAUUUCUACAGGUAUAGAUUGGUUGGUACUGGUUGGAAAAACAGGAUUGCUUCAGCAGUUGUAAUUCAGACUUUCAGGGGCCUUCUGGUUCCUGCUGUACUACCUGAUUCUGAUUAUUCUCACCAAUGACCACCUGAAUUGAAUAUAGGCAGAAGUGUAUCAGCAUUUAAAAUGUCUUGGUAGGUGAUUCCUAGCACUGAUAAGUCAUUACUGUGUGAUGUAGGCUAUAAAUGGGUUUUCAGUGGACUUUCCACACUACUAGAGUUGUAGCACAUAAAGCAGGAGCAUCCAGUUCAGCUAUGGGUAGAAACCCUGGUGACCCUUUUUAUGAAAAUAAUAAUAAUAAUAAGCUGUUCAUUUUGUGCUGUGUGCUUAUUCAAUGAAAUGGGCUUGCCUGUUUCAGAUUGCGAGGUUAGAAGUAUUUAAUUAGGAAGAAAAGGACUGAUAAAAUAAUACUAGCCAGAAUGACGGGGAUUUUUUAAAAAAAACAAAAUUGAAGAGUUACAGUGUUUUAAUACUCUUCUAUUUAAGCCAUUCCUCUCUUUUUUAAAAACUAUAGCCAGGGAAGCACUUUAGUACUAAUUAAAAGAUUGGUGGGGAAAAUGGGUUUCUAAAUUAACGUCCAGUUGCAAGAAUUAACAUCAGUGCCUGCAUCUAAACCAUACCCUAAAAAAAGAUGGACUAGCCCUAUCAGCAUUUACAUCUGUGAAUAUUAUGCUACUCUUUUAUUCUCACAAAUGUUGUUUUUUAUAAAGUAAGAAGGUGGCAGAAGUAGCACUGGGAAAAAUACCAGAUGGCUGGUAAUGUCAUGUGGAUUUCCCCGUGAAAUGUGAGCAAAGAAGGUAUGACACUAUCCUGCUGAAUUCCUCGUGCACACAAUCUCAGAUAUUACUGUUGCUUCAUGAGAACCAGCUGUCACGUCCAAACAAGCCCUUAGAAACCAGACACAAUGGCUGAGGACCAAGAUGACUUGAUGAGGCUCGUCCCAUUACCUACUGUAGCAUCCAAAGCACUGAGUACCCUUCUGUACUCACUGCUACCAUAGGCAGAUGUACAAGAGACAGUGUCUUUGAUAAGAAUUUUUCUACUCAGAGAAGGCUUAGAUAGCCUACAUUACUAGAUAAAUCGCCCUCCCGCUGUCCUGUGAUACAUAUCAGCUACAACUUCUAAAGCACUUUCUCAUUCACUUGCCUCCAGUACUGAGAGCAGCCACUUCCCGCUGCAAUCCACUAUUGGUCUUAACGCCGAGCUGCAAGACGCAAUGCCAACCACAUAGUCAACUCCGUUUGUGUGUGCGCGUGUGUGAUUGUGUGUGUGACUGUAAGCGUAGCCUUCCAAAAAGGCUUAAAGGACAAUUUUGGUUGGAUACAAACAAGUGGGACAACAAAGGAAAUAACAGGAUGAUCUCUCCAUUAUUGUGAACAAAAAAGAUGGAUUAUCAGGGCCACUUUCCAGUUUCAUCCAGUUUAGGACAGCAUGCCUUAGAAACGUAGCAUUGUGAUACAGAUUAUGUAUAUAAAGUCUUACUACUCUUUGCCUUCAUAUGCUCAGUUAUGCUUAUGAUUGUGAGGGAGAAGGGAGCAGGUGUAGCAUACCUUUGGAGGAUGAAGAUGGAAUUGCUUUGGUAAGAUUGGAGAUUGAAGUAUCAAACUGAUUUACCUGACACGAAACAUGGAUUUUAGCUACACAGGGAAGGAAGAAAAUUCUUUGUCAUUACUGAACUUGCCCUUUUAAACUAAAUUUUGCUUUGUUUAAAAAAAAUGUUAAAAGGAAAAAAGAUUUGAAAAUGUCAGUUUUACACUGAUGUAAUAUGCUGGAGUUUGAUCAUUAUUGCUAAAAUGGUCACGAUCACAAAGACAAUGUUGAAAAUAAUUGGAAAAAUGUUUAAAAGGAUAUAAGAAAUAAAAA